UUUGUGGCAUCAAUAAUAAUAAAUGUGUGAUAACCACGGUGAUAACGGUAUUAUCUAUAAACUAAAUAAUAAUUGUGUAUUUGAGUAUUAUUAAAAAAACAACAGGGACCACACGUGUUCGCUUCAUAGAGUGCAUUUGCAUGACCAUAGAUUUAUAUUGUAAUUAAACUGUACACCCUACAAUGUUCUAUCCAUAACAUCGUCCGUCGUCCGUUUGGCCUGACUUCCCGAAACGGUUAGUAGUAUACAGUUUACGAAUUCGUAACCAUGUCGAUAACAUCUGUCAAACGUAAGCGAAAACGCAAGAAUAAGUUGGUUGGACAGCCGUCGUCCAACGUUCCGGCGAUCAAACACAAACGUUCCGACGAGCUACCGUCCUUUCCUAAGGGCGACAAAUUAAACCCCGAAGACUACAUCAGACUUAAACAGUAUUUGAAGGAGAAAAAAAAUCUUUUGAAAGUAAGAAGUUAUUUUUUUUCAUCCUGUUUUUAAGUAAGUAGUUAUUGUUGUUUUAUGGUAAUUUUUUUUUCAUCUAAUAUUUUAUAACAUUGUUUUUAAUCUAGUCUCAUAUUUGUACUAAUAAAAUUCUGAAAGUAUUAUCUAUUCAAUUUUUGAUUACAUACACUGUACAUUGUUUAUAAACAUUAGAAUUCCAAUUAAAAUAAGUAAAAAUUAAUAAUAUUCUUCUUAAUAUUAAGGAUGGGACAGUGUCUGAAAUAUUAUCCUUACUGGUUCUUAGUCUGUUCUAAAAAUUAAGGACUCAAUUAUUUAUAGUAUUUUCGAAAUGUAUUUUGUAGUUUUUUAUUCUCUUAAUUUAAAAGAAAUGGGAACAAAAAUAAAAACAAACAUUCAUAGUCAAUGGAUACGUGUUUAACAAAAAAUUAAAAUUCAUUUAGUGAACACUCCAUGUAAUUUUUAAGAAUUCAUAUCACAUAUUUUUUAUAUUUCAUCAGUGUACAAUUUACAAUAUCUAUAGAUUUUACAAUUUAAAGUUUUGAUGUUAUUACAUACAGCAUUUUCAAUGAUUUUAAUUCUAAAAAUCAAUGGUAUAUUUCUAGAUGUAACAAUUCUAUUAACAUGAAUUAGAGAGAUAUCAAUCAUGAAUACACUAGUAUUGUUCUAUUCAAUUUUGUACUUAUUAUCAAAAAAUAGAUGAUAGCAUUAUUAAAUUUUAAUAUCAAUUUUUUUUUCUAUACAUACAGACAUUCCCAAGAAUAUUACUAAAUGCUCGUGGACAAUUAUCACAAGUAAAUGAUUGUGGUUACAGUGAGAAUCCAUUGUCACCUUCCGAUUUGAAUGAGUUAAUUUUAUAUUCUAUUUAUGGGCCGGGUAAAUAUAUUCCAAGGUAAGUUAUUAGUGAAGUAGAUAUUGAAUAAGCAUGAAAAGAAAUAAAAAUGUAUGUUAAUACAUUAUAUUAUUUAUGUAUAUUUUAUACAUAAAUAUGUUUUAAUUUUGAAAAUAAUUAGUUAUCCAAACCAAACCUCUUUUAGGUGGUCAAGUUUAGAAAUGCAAUGUAACUUAAAUCAAACAUGUGUUUUAAUAAUUGAUGGCUGUGCAGUAAAAACUGUAGAUGAUUUUUUAAAUUUUAAAAGUUCUCUACCAAUGUUUUCUAAAUAUAAAUUUUUACCACCAAUUGAAAUUGAACUUCCACCAAGUUGGUGUGCUGACUAUGGUAAGUAUUAAAUUAAUUUAGAUCUUUCAAAAAUGUAUUUUUUUCUAAAAGAGUUUCUUUAAUAUUUGGACAAUGCUUAAAAAGUUUAUAAACCAACAUUGAGAAAUGUUUUGUUUGUAGUAUAAUGUAUUCAUUUUUAAUUAUAUUAUAUAUCAAAAAAUGACAAUUACAUUUUGGUUUGAGUUGGUACAAUGAGAAAGUAUUUGAUUUUUCUAAUCGGUUUUCAUAAUAAUUGGGGGGGGGGGACUAAAAUAAAAACUAAUAUAUUUAGAGCGUUAUUAAUUUAAUUAUUUUUAAUAUUUUCAAAUUUUAUCUUCUAACAUUAAAUUUGUUCUAGAUAUCAAUAAAGGACCUUCCUUUUCUAUAAGUAAAUUUUUAUAUCUUUCAAUAUUUUUUUUUUUUUUGUAAUUUUUUAAGAAUAAUCUUAGUUUGCAAUAUUCAUGGAGUACUCAUAUUUGCUUAAUUAGUGAAUUUUCAAAACAUUCUGUCAAUUUUCGAGUUAUAAUUUUUAGACAUUUUUCUAGGUUUUUUAAACAUUUUAUUUAUUAAAUACUAUGGUAUCAUUAUGGUUAAAAUUUUGUUUAAAAAAAAAAAAAAAAAAAUGAGUAAUGUAGUAGUUUUUUUUUCUUUAUAUUAGCAUUUUAAGAUCAUAUUUUGAUGAAAAUUAUAAAAAUUACAUCUUUUUUAAAUAUGUAUAACCCAACUUCACUUAGAAUCAUUUGUUGUUAGUAAUGGUUUAUCAUUACAUACAGAUAUAAAUCAAAUAACUUUAUGUAUUCUAUCUUCCCACCUAAAACAGUGGCACAACUACUCCCAAUAUCAGCUCUUAAUUUAACUUCAACUGUAUUUUAAACUACAGUAAAACUGGAUGUAUUGUGCCAUGUUUUAAACUAAAUUUUAUUAUAACCAACGCUAGUUAAGUAAUAUUAUAAAUAUAAGUAAGUACCUAAUAUUAUUUUAACUGAAUAAAAUUUAUUUUUUCAAAAUUGAAAAUUAGACAUAUAUAUUAUUAUGUGAUGUAAUACAAUAUAUAACAUAAGUAUAUUAUAUAUAACAUACUUUUUUUUUUAUCAAUUUCUUCAUUUUUUUAAUUUCACUGCUUAAAUUAUCUUAAUAUAAAUUAAUUUUAUUAAAUAUUAAAUAAUUCUUUUUGGUGUUAUAUCUAUAAAGGAAGCAGAAUUUAGUUAUUACAUUGAUGGUUAUAGGUAAGGGGUGGUACACAUUGGUGUUGUUAAAAAUGUAAAAAAUCAAUUAUUGUUCCAAUAUGUUUGAAUUGACAUAAUUAUUAAUUAAACUUAAUUUGAACUUCACUUAAUCAAAAGUACUACAAACACAGUUUUUUAAUUUUUUAUAAAAUUCUAUUUGAUUUAUAAAGUUACAUAAUUUUUUAGAUGAACCGACCAUUGCUGACUCUAAAACUUCAAAUGCUGAUAAAUUAUUCUCAGGCUCAACAUUCAACCAAAAUGGAAAUGUUGAUGUUAAAGAAGUUUGUUCAAGGACACGCUUACUUCUGUCUUUACACCAAAUGAUGAUUCACUGUUAUCCAUUACCUACUAAUAAACGCCAAUCUAAAAUGGAUUAUAAUAGUUUUCGUUUUACUAAAAAUCAUUACUUACCUGUUACUGAUAAAAGUCCGAUGUUUGCAGUUGAUUGUGAAAUGUGUUACACGUCCAUUGGUAGAAAUGAACUUACUAGAGUUUCCAUUAUUAAUGAACAAUUAAAUGUAUGUUUCUAUAAUAUUUAUUAUAUAAAAUAUAAAUCUUUUGAAUUGAUGUUUAGGUAGUAUAUGAAUCUUUCGUUAAACCUUCUAAUAAAAUCAUAAAUUAUUUAACCCAAUAUUCGGGAAUCACAGCAUUAAAACUUAAAGAUAUCACAACGACUUUGGAAGACGUGCAAGAGGAUAUAAUUAAAAUAUUACCUCCUGAUGCCAUAUUAGUAGGACAGUCAUUGAAUUGUGACUUGGAUGCAUUGAAGGUAAUUAUAAUUCCCAAGUCUCAAAAACUGUAUUACAGGAACACAUUUUAACUAUAAUAUAUUAUUUGUAGUUAUUUCAUCCAUACGUUAUUGAUACUAGUAUAAUUUUCAAUUUGAAUGGAAACAAAGGAUCUAAGAGUAAAUUAAAACUUUUGGCUAAAGCAUUUUUAGAUAUGAAUAUCCAAUGUGGUAAUCUUGGUCAUGACUCUGUUGAAGACAGUCGUGCAACUAUGUUACUUGUGCAGCUAAAGUUAUGCAAAUGUAUGUUUUUACAAUACUAAUUUAAAAUUUAUAAUUUUAAUGUUAUUGAUUUUUAUAACAGCGCUCACCUAUGGAGAUGCAUAUUUAGUUGGUCAACAAAGAUUGGCCCAAUUUGUAAAUUCUAAGACAAAAAUAAAUGUCAAGCAUAUAGAAACAUUUAAAAAGUUCUUGGCAUUAUUGAAGAGUGUUUCAGAAAGUUCAGCCAAAAGUAUAUAUAUUAUAGGUGGAUUUAAUUUAAUAUGAUAUUAUAUCUAUUAAUUUAAAAUAAAAAUAUUUUAGGUAAAAUUCAUUUAAAAAGAAAUCUUGUAGCAGCAUAUGAAAAUUUAUGGUCAACAGCCAAAUUAGAAGUUGAGGAACACACUACCAACAAAGCUGUAUUAGAAGCUGUGUGUAAAUCAAUGGAAGACACUACUAAUCGUUUUUGUAUGGCACAUAUGCAAUUAAAAAAUAAGAAUAAUUUAGGCCUAGUAAAUCGGUGGUGUGAAAAGUAUUGGGCAGCCAUGUCUUCAUUUGCACUCUGUGCUGUUCUAUUUACCGGCUGCGGUGUCGAAGGCAAAAACUCAGUAUGCUUGUUGAAUGUCAAGCAACCACCUUUGAACCAUUUACAAGAUUGUAAGUUAUGAAAUAAUUAUAACAAUUAAAUUAACAAGCAAUAGUUAAUUAUUUCUACUAUAAAUUUUGUUUAAUUAAAUAAAAUACCAUAUAUUUUGUUUCAUGUUUAAUUCAUUAGUGAAAAUAAAACAUGAUGUUUAUGUUAUAUUAAUUCAAAUAAUUGGUUUUUACCUUUUAAAAUAGGUAAAGAACAUGGUGAUUGCUAAGUUAACUUAAAGUACAAUUAUUGCUGGACUCCAUCAUUAUUAUUGAAUUUUUUUUUUUUAUAAUUUGAAAAACCUUAUUUUACUUCCAUUAAUUUAUACAAAAUAUAAGUAUUACAUUUGAACAAAUAUACUGUAUGGAAAUCAAAAAAAAAAAUCAAAUAGAUAUAAAUAAAAUAAUAGUGAAAAUAAGGACAAUUUGGUUGAACAGAUAUUAAUAAAACAUCUGCUGAGAUAAUUAAUGUAUCUUAAUAAAAACUAUUUAUCCCUGUAUGUACUUUAUUGUUAAUUGAUAUGUGUGUAUGAGCAAGCUUUCAAUUAAAACAUUACUGGUAAGAACCAACAUAUUUUGUUAUAAUAAAUUAUAAUUAAAUUCAUUUCUUUGUUACCGAUUUUAAAUUUCCAAUCAAAAUUAAAUAAAUGGAAUGAUAAAUAACUGAAUCUUAUUAAUUGAGAACUAAGCAAAAAUUUUAUUUUGAUGAAAUUAAUAAAACAUUUUAACUUUAAAAUUAAUUAUUAUUAACUAGUUUGUUCUUUUUCUUUAUGAAUAUUGAGUUAGACUAUAUUGUUAUAAUAAUAAAUACUAGUUAUAAGUAUAAACUUUAUUUUAUUAAAUUAUCAUUACUAAACACAAUUUAGAAUACAAUGUAUAAACUAAUUAAAAUAGUUGGUUUUAAUAAUAAUCGCAAUUGAAUUCAUUGAAAGUAAAGGUGUAUAACCCUUUUAUAAGAUCUUCAUGAUACAUACAUCAAAACUAGAGUUUUGAUCUAGUCAAUGGGUUUUCAGUUGGUUUUUGUAAAUAUGCUAAUCCACCAGGAAAAACAAUAUUUAAUACUUCCUCUAAGUGAUUGACUGGAACAAUAUUUAAAUCAGCCUGAAAAAAUAUAAAAAAAUAAAAACGGUUUUAAAUAAAAUAAUUUGGAAAAAAUAAACAAAGAAAUUUAAAAUAAUUUUUUUCAAAUAUUAUUAAAUGAUUAUUUUUAAUAGUCAUUGUAUUUUUAUUGAGACUUGAGACUUGACUGUAUUUUUAUAUUUAUGAAAGGGGAGAGCCCAUAACAAUAUAAUGUUGUAGCAGAGUAACAACGCCCGAUUUGUCUUUGCUCAGAAUUGAAAAUCUGAUAUAAAUAGUCAUGAAAAAACAUUAAAUUCUGACAUUCAAUUUGUAUUAAAAAAUAUCACUUAAAUUAAAAUGAAAUAAAUUAAGUUGUAUUUUAUUAUAUAAAUACUUUAACAUUUUCAGGUAAAUUUAUUGUAUCUUUCAUGUUAAGUGCAGGUAUUAUGACAGUUCUUAUAGAUGAGUUGUAUGCUGCUAAAAUUUUUUCUUUUACGCCACCCACCUAAAAAUAAAUAAAUUGAAUUUUGAAAAGCACAGAUCAAUAAAAAAAAGAAAGAAAAAAAGUGGUAAAUUGAAUGUAUUGCAUACAGGUAAUACAUAUCCUUGUAAAGUUAUUUCUCCAGUCAUGGCAAUCAUUGAUUUUAAAGGUAUGUUCCAAAAAAGUGAUACUAAUGCACAAACAAUAGUUAUCCCAGCAGAUGGUCCAUCCUUUCUAUGUCCUCCUUCAGGAAGGUGGACAUGAACACAGAAAUGAUUUUUAUCUAAUUCAUUCUAUUUGAUAUAAUAUUAAUUAAUUAAUUUUACACUUUAUUUAAAACAAAACAAAUGCAUGAUUUACGUCUUUCGCAAAUGUCUGUAUCCAAUUAAGUGCUAUUUCCACAGAUUCUCUUAAAGUUUGACCAGCUAGACCAGUUAAAAUCAGUUGAUUAUCUGUUCUUGAAUAUGAUUUGGAUGUCUCAAUCAUUUGUACUUUACCACCUACCGGAGUCCAUGAUAAACCAAUCGCAACACCAAUUCUAUUACAGCUUUGUUCUACCAAAUUAUUUUUUCCACCAUUCACAGUAUCUUCCUAGAAGUGGAAACUAUUAAAUUUAAACAAAACAAAUUUGUAUUUAGUAUUUACACCAAAAAUGUUUAAUAAUGAUUCAGGAGUGAUCACAUAGGUUUUUGUUUCCUUUUCUAUGUUUUCAACUACGUCUUUAGCUAUAUAAUAAUAGAUUGUUUGAAGUUUGCGUUGCAAGUCACGUACACCAGCUUCAUAAGUAUAGUUUUGAACUAAUUUAAAAAAAAUAUGCAAAUUAUACUGUAUAAUAUAUUAAAUAAUAGAAAAUACAUACUUAUAUCUUUAAUGGCAGUUUUUGUAACAGUUAUCUGUAUUUCAUUCAUUCUAUGACGUUUAAAUAUUUUAGGAAUUAAAUAAUUGUCUGCAAUUUGUAUUUUUUCCUCC